AUGGAAAUAAAUAAUGGAACGAUGAAUGUUGAAUCUUAUGAAACAAUGUCUGGAGGAGAGGAUAAAGAAAAUUAUGAUGGUUACGAUGGGUCAUGCGAAACUGUUGAUAAAAACGACGGGGAUUUAGCCAAAUUCGUUAACGAAUUUUGUCAAUUUGAAACUCGUGGUCUUGAUUUAAUACCUAGUUUAAAAAAAACUUAUUAUUAUAACAGCUUGAAUGCUUGCGCGAUACCGGACGACGAUAGUUACAUAGAUCCUUGUUUACAAAAAAUUGAUUUCAUUAUUCACUCAUGGCUCGUUGAUAAGUUAUUACACACAAGUGAAAAUAUUCCUAUUUUAGAGGAAUUACCACGAACUUUAGCCGAAGAUAUAAUGGCUCAAUUAAGAAAUGAUUUAUGUGCUUUUCAAGGUCUUUCAAAGGUGUUGAUAAGCGUUCGAGCUGGACAUGUUUACUUACUUCAUAUGAAUGGGGACGAAAUUAAAAUGCCACCAAAUGAAACGAGCUUCUUUCAACAGUUUCCUUUAUUCGUGGACGUCGCUAUCAAGGUACAAAAAGCGUAUCCUCACAUGGCGCGUCGCAAUUCGUGUCAGGUCCUUGUAGCGGUCGAACAUGUGAAAUUUAAAGUGGAAGAUUGUGGUUGCACCAGCCAUACUCCUCCAGACAAUAAUCCAUGUCAACGAACAUACAAUACCCGUAUGAUCACUGCUCCUUAUGUAGAGGGGCAGGAAAUGAUGUUCUCACGGGAAAUACCACGUUAUCAAGGUAAUUCUAAAGACCUCAGGUGA